AUGACACUGCAAACGAGAACAAAGACUGAAGGGACCACUGGGCUUUUCACUGUCACUGCUGCCCGCUUGCCCGAGCUGAUCGACGAGAUCGGCAUCGGCAAGUUUCAGAUCGUACAGUUCCUGCCCGUCCUUUUCGUGCCCCUCUGCGAGGGCGCCAAUGUCCUCGUGAUGACGAACGUGACGCAUGCCUUGAAGCGCAACUUCCAGCUGACCAGCUGGCAGGCCGGCACCCUCGAUGCCUUCUCCUUCUUGGGCCUUGCGCUCGGCCACUACGUCGCGGGCUUUCUUGCAGAUCUGCGAGGUCGACGCCUCCCCGUGGUUCUCUCUUUCCUUGGCAUGACCUUGGGUUCUCUGCUGAUGACGUUGGCCGCGGGCUAUGAGGCGAUGGCGACGCUGCGGCUGCUGCAUGGCCUUUGCUGUGGACUCGGGGUUCCACCGGCCGCGUCGAUGAUCGCCGAGACCUCUCCAAGCGCCUGGCGCCGCUUUGUCUUCGUUCUCUUUUGGAGCUCCACGGCCCUUGGAGAGACCUAUGCCUGCUUCGGCUUGAUGCUCUACAUGCCCAACCUCACAGAAACCGCUUGGAAGCAGGCCGUUCUUUGGACUUCUUUGCCGGCAUUCUUGAUGUUGCUGCACAGCCAGCUCCUUCGCGAGGACUCCCCGCAUUGGCUCUGCGUCCACGGGCGCCUCAUCGAGGCGAGGAUCGUCUUGGAGCGGAUGGCGAAGAUGAACAGGAAGGAGGAGGUUCUCAAGAAGCUGGGGCCACCCCCUCUCCACGACUUCUCGAACUUGUACGGCGUCAUCAGAGCCCGUGCAGGUCACGGCCCCUCGCCACAGGCGCUGUAUCAACGCCUGGUGCAGCCGGAGACGCUGAAGCUAGAGAUGCUCCGCGAGGAAGCUGCAGACGAGCACAUGCACGGUCUGCAUGGCUCCAAAGUUACACCACCGGCACAGAAGCUUGCACUCAUCGUCUCCAUUGGUAUUCCGGUUGGAAUGGCUUCUGCUUUGGUCUCGUUUUCCAAGACGGCAUCUCAUCGCGUGCACAUCAUCGUAGCGGGCCUCAUGGGAUGUACGGCAAUUUUAUGCGCUUCGUUCCUGCAGCAUCUGCAGCAAGCUCCUUUCCUCAUGGCCGCGAUUCUUAUCACUCACAUGUCUGGAACCCUUCAGUACGCGGUGGCGAUGAUCUUCUGUGAGGAGUCCUUUCCCACCGACAUCAGGGCAAGCGCGACAGGCGUCCGCGGUUUUGCUUUGCUUUAG